AUGUCUCACUUCGCUCAGCCCAAACAGAUUCUCAAGAAAGACAUGUCAUCCAAGGAAUUCAGUCUUCUGGAGGAGUGGGCUUCUCAGACUCUCCAAGGUCACCAUCUUCCCGAAAGCUCCUUUCCAGCGUCGACCCAUCCCGAUCAGAUGGCCAAAACAGUACAUGACCCUAUUCACAGACGCCUGAAGAACCGAUCCUCCUCACUUUUCGAGGAAUGGAAGGCUCAAGCUGCGCGAAACGAGAUGGCAAAUGAGACCAUCCCUCUCAAGGAGAAUAAAGAGCAUCAGGCUGCUGACAUCCGCGACACCAACAGACUCAGCGACAACCGUCCUGUCAUCAUGUCCAACAACAGAAAAGCCCCCUCUUCCCUUGGUGAGGCGAAAAAGAACAUUUCAGCCCAGACUGCCUCUCGUUCUGAAGUUCGAUCUUCAAACCGACGGCGCAAUAACAGUGAACCUGCCAAUCCCAAUCCCCCAAUGGUCUCUGGCACCAAAACUACUCCGAAGGUGGCCAGUGAACCGAAGAAAUCCGGGGGCAAUCAGCAUGCGCCUCGUACUGAAAAGAAACCCAUGGGUAAUCAGCUUGCUCCUCAUCCUGAGGUUGGAGGCUACACUGCUCCAAAUGGGAACCAUCUACGAAAGGGCGAGCUGAACAAGUUAGCCAACGGCGUGAAGGUUCCCAAUGGAGAUAAGGCGUACUUUCUUCCUAGCUUUGUGGAGAAUCCAUGGAAGGAUGUGGUGCCUGUCUUGACCGAGUGUUGUGCUCGAUGGUGGGAGUAG